AUAUUUGACCCAGAGCUGGAGCGGUCGGUCCAUGGCGAUUCAGCAUCUUCAUUUUCUUACUUCAAGUCCCUGUCCCGUCGAUGGUCAUUGAGUAACUGCCAACUCUGUUGGACUGUUGUCCUUUCAAGUCGACCAUGGGAGAACGCAUAGCGAUCCAGUCGAUACUCAACACCACCUCGCCACACUUCUCUUCCCCCCCCUCUGAUGUGCCUGAUGCGUUUCCGCACUUCGUUGACUCGGUGCCGGCACCGUCCAAGGCCAAGAAGACCAGAGACUCGAGCGACUUGUCGUACUCGCGAGCUACGGGCUACUACAAGUUCGCCCCUUUCGAGGAUCUGGACGAGAAGGCUAUGCGAAUGAUCCGGCCGUACAAGAUAUACCCGUUUGGCGAGAUUGGCGCCUACAUCGCACACAUUCCGUAUAGCAGUGACAAGAAAGAUGUCAUGGCCAAGACUGGCAGGGAGAAGUUUGAGAUCUUUGUGUAUAAAUUCACCGACCCGGCGGACGAAAAGCCUUAUGAGAUCAUGUGGGAUGUUAAAGGCCCUGGCUACGUGCGCAUCAGCCCCUUUUUCAAGUGUCUCAAACACAAGAAGACCGGCCCGGCCAAGAUGCACGAGGCCAACGCGGGCCUGCGUGAAGUGUCAUUCCACAUGACGGGGGGCAAUCGCAUCGCCCAAGGCUACUGGCUGCCCUACCGCUGUGCGAGAGCCGUCUGCGUCAAGUUCUGCUACCCGAUUGCAGGAGCGUUGAUCCCCAUCUUUGGGCCGACCUUUCCGGACGACUGUGUGAAGCCCGACUCACCGCACUUUGGCCGUAUGGACAUUGACCCGCAGGAGAUUGCGGAUGCCAGGAGCGAGGCUUUGGCGUACCGCUUGUCGGCGAGGGCUAUGCCCGUCACGAGUCAUCCGCGGGACGAGGAGAGCCGGUAUUCUCGCUUCGGGGCCAUGAUGAAUCAAGGGCUCCAGUACGCGCCGGUCAACACGUCGUGGGAAGAGAUGUACAGCCGACACCCACGCAGCGACCCAUUCCUCAACCGCAGUGCUCCCUCCACGCCGCCCCGGAGCAGUAGCGCCAUGCAGCACGAGGAACCACGCGACCCAAAGACCCGCGACGUUCUUCCACCUGGCAGUGAACGUCCCAUCUGGCGCGCCAUCAACUACCAUCCUCCUCCUCCCCUUUAUCAUCCCUCGCCGGCAGGUCAGCGACUACCGCCCAUCCGCACCCAGGACCAUCCAUCCAGCAGCGCUAGGCGAUCCUUUCGAGAAGACCCGCAAGCGCCAUCAGACAGACGGUGGUGAAUAUCUGCGCAAACGACGCCGCAUCGAGCCAUCCCGCCACAGCGACGAUCUGACCACUACAACGCGGCGCGAGGCUUUAGAGCGACCACAGGAGUGCCGUCGCAGUAGGUUUUACGAGCGGCAAACAUCCACGAUGGACGGCGCGGCUCGCGGCUGCACAGGCAAGGAUUACGAGGCAGCGUCGAUCCUGGAAGCUUUGCACAAGA